AUGGUGAAUGUCUUUCAACGUCUUGUCAGACGUGCGACGACCGGCUCAGGCGAUCAGCCACGGAGGCAUUCGCACGAUACUGGUGCUCCUACAUAUACUCGUUCUGGGUCCAUCUCAGGAGUGUACAAAUCAAAUGACUUGCACCGAACAACGAGCGGAAGCUCCUGGAGACGUCGUCCUCACGCUGCGAUGGAAGAGCCAUCUCCGCGCCAUUUGAUUUUGAUCUCUGAUAAUGCAACAUUCGAUCCUCAUAUUAUACAGCGAUUUGAGGCCGAGGGAUUCGACGUCACUUAUUUGGGAUUUGUCUGCACAGACGAUGCAGAGAGAGACCGCAAGGCAUUGGAGUCUGCGGUGCACGAGAAAGAAGAUGACCUGGAACCCGGCGAGAGAUACGCGAUCGUUGCAUACAAUCGUCCUGCGUACUAUCUCCUUGGUUCGCACCAUCUCUCGCAAACAUCGACCAAUCCUUUCCCUCGACUCUGCGCUUUUAUCGCAUACUAUCCAUUAGAUUUCAAGAAUCCCGCUCACUCCAACGCGAUAUUUGAUACCCAGGAGUGCUGCGCCCCGGCUUGCGAAGACACAAGUGCCAUCUUUGACCCCAGUGUGUCGACAUCAUUCCUGCCCAUCCAAAUCCAUCUGCCGGGCCACGAUCUGAGCAGCCGCACUUUCUGGCCCUGGAUCAGCACAAGUCCGGGUGAACGCGACAUCACGUAUAAGAAGCGCCAUCGCUGCCAUGUUUACGCCUACCCCGACGCACGGGCAGGAUUCGCCGAAUCCACGCCUUCCAGCUACAGUAUCAAAGACAAGGGACCUGUUGAUGAUGACCGCAUCAGUGCUCAGUUGGCGUGGAGCAGAGCGCUUGGUUGUCUUCGCCAUGCCUUUGGUGCCCGGAGCACAUGGCCGAUUGCCGAUAUCGAAACCGUCUGGGAGCAGUAUUGGGCAAGAUUGAUGGACGGGUUGAAUCUGGUGAAGAUGGCUUCUAGUCAGCCCACAGCUCACGGGUCAGCGAUGGAGAUCGUGCUCAAGCCGGGAAAUGACCUGAUCUGCCAGGCGACGGGCGGAACAAGUGCACACGACGAACAGAACGCAAAGAUAAUUUGUGCGCCAACCAAGGCUGGAGGCUCAACUCCAGAGGACCUCAGGACCUUCUUCAAGGAUGUAUUUAUUCCCAAUGGUCCACCGAGUCAACAUUUUCGGCUGUUGUCGAGAACGGUCGGUGCGGAUCGCAUCGUGGACGAGCUUUUGUUUACUUUCUGUCAUAGCAAAGAAGUCCCAUGGCUGCUGCCCCGUGUUCCGCCAACAAAUCGGGACAUCGAAGUCGUGAUUGUUGUCGUGGCGAGUUUUUUCGCCGAUCGCAUCGUCCAUCAAAGCCUCUACUGGGACCAGGCUGAUGUGUUGGUGCAAGCGGGAUUGUUAGACGCGGAUCUGGUGCCUCACUUUCAUAGGAAAAGAUAA